UAUGGUAAAAUAACCCAGAUUUGAAGCAGCUGCAGUGUCUUUGCUACCUGCUGUUUAUCAAUUUCUUACCUGUCCCUUUGAAAUCGUUUAUAAGUAACCUGCCCCACACAUGAUUCCUCAGUUAUACUCAGUGUUCCAACAUGAAACUUACACUGGUGAAAACCUUAUUGAAUCUUUUAGCUCUAAAUUUAGUUUUAGCUGGCUUGGCAGAAAUGCAAAAAAAAUCGCACACCGAAGAGUUCGAGGGAGCGUCUGCUCUGUUCAGAGCCAUGUCAUCGUCUCCCAAUGAAGGAUACUCUUACAGCUGGAGUGUUGUUUCGUUUCCACUGGAUGAUUCCACAAGUACAGAUGAACCUGGUUCUGGUUUGAAUUGCACGGUUCUAUACCUUGAUCACUGCACAUCCUGGAACAAGUGCCGACAAACUUGUCUUAAAACAGGAGCCACUAGUUAUAGAUGGUUUCAUGAUGGCUGCUGCGAGUGCGUGGGUGAACAUUGCAUAAAUUAUGGCAUAAACGAGAGCAGAUGUCGCCUGUGUCCGGAGCCAGGAUUGGAGGAUGAAGAGGAGGAUUAAAUAUAAUAUAUAUUUAUGUAAUUACAAAGAAAAAAGUUUUAAACUAAUAAAUGUAAAUUUUAAAA